UCGUUACGAACCUUCCGCGAAUAUUAUCGUUUAUAUUCGUCUUACCGAGUUGUUUCAUGAACCGUGCGGCAGAAUAUCUUUUUAGCUGUAUGCAAAGCCACACGAGCGUAUAUGAUUCAUAAGAUAUGCCGUAUUAAACUUGUCCGUUUCAGGUGUAUGCGGAAAUGUUAGAAGUUGGCUUAAGAGUAGUUCGUGGGCAAGAUUGGAAGUGGGACGAUCAAGAUGGUGGAGAGGGUCAUGCAGGAACUGUCGUAGAAAUUGGAAAACCACCGUCGUUUGGAAACUCAGUUUCUAAUCCUAAUCCAUCUGAUAGGACACCAGAUAAAACAGUUAUCGUACAAUGGGAUCAUGGAUCUAGAAGUAAUUACAGAAUCGGAUAUCAAGGAGCAUACGACUUGUUGGUGUUUGAUAAUGCAGCCACAGGUGUUAAACAUCCAAAUAUUAUAUGCGACGGGUGUAAAAGGCAUUGGAUAAUCGGUAUUAGAUGGAAAUGUACACAAUGCUGUGAUUAUGAUUUGUGUACUCAAUGCUACAUGGGUGAUGUACAUGACUUGAGUCAUGCUUUUGAAAGAUUUCUAACAGCUACUUCUGUGGGGAUUCAACUUACUCCAAGAGAAGGCUGUACCAAAAUACCUUUAAAAGGGAUAUUUAUUGGAGCAAAGGUUGUUCGUGGUCCAGAUUGGGAAUGGGGAAAUCAAGAUGGAGGAAGAGGGAAAACCGGUAGAGUCAUGGAUAUACGUGGAUGGGAUAAUGAAAGUAGUAGAUCGGUUGCGACCGUAACGUGGUCUAAAGGUAGUACGAACGUGUAUCGUCUUGGAUACAAGGGUUGCGUAGAUUUAUGCUAUGUAGAAGAAGCUACUGCUGGUACAUACUAUAAGGAGCACCUUCCAUUACUUGGACAACCAAUAAUGUCUGUCUCUGAUAAUGGAACCAAUGCAACAUCAAUUCGAAGUGGUAUACUUUCCGCUGUAUCUAGUCCACGCUACUCAACUUUCAAUGUUGGGGAUAAAUUAAAAGUAUUAGUCGACGUUAACACGUUAAAAGAAAUGCAAGAGGGUCAUGGUGGUUGGAAUCCACGUAUGGCCGAAUAUAUAGGAAAGAUCGGUAGAGUUCAUCGCAUUACGGAUAAGGGGGACGUGCGUGUACAAUUCGAAGGAUGCAACAAUAGAUGGACGUUUCAUCCAGGUGCACUUGUAAAAGUUACGAAUAAAGACACGUUUUCUUUAGGCGAUAUUGUUAGGGUGAAGACUGAUUUGUUAGCGGUGAAACUUUAUCAACGAGGCCACGGAGAAUGGAUAGAUGUAAUGAAGAAUGCCUUAGGAAAAGCUGGGAAAGUGAUCAAAAUAUAUUCUGAUGGAGAUUUGAGAGUAGCUUUGGACGGUUACACGUGGACAUUCAAUCCUUUAAGCGUAACUCUUGUCCCUCCUGGAACAGAAACUACUUCUCAACAAGAAGAAUCAAAUCGAAAUAAAGACCGGUCAGCUGAAGGCGUAGACAUUGAAGUGGAGAAAUUAUUACGAGAUGCAGCCAGAGGAGAAGCUGGUGUUUCUGCGGUUCAAGAAUUUCUUAAAAAAUAUCCCGGUAGAGUAGAUGCAAGAGCUAGUGGUGGCGAAAAAACUUGUUUGCAAGUAGCAGCACAUCAGGGGCAGCGCGAUCUCUGCACCCUUCUUUUGGACGCUGGAGCGUCUCUUCGUGCGGUAGACGAAGACGGGGAUACGCCUCUUCAUUAUGCUGCGUUCGGCAAUCAACCAGAAAUAAUGGAACUACUUUUAUCGCGAGGCGCAGCUAUCAACGCUGUAAAUAAUGGCAAAUGCAGUGCGUUGCAUGUCGCAGUGAACAAGCAACAUAGUCAGUGCGUAAAAGUUUUACUGCGUCAUCACUGCGACGUGAACUUACAAGAUGCUUACGGAGACACAGCAUUACAUGACGCUAUUGGAAAAGAUGCCCUGGAUAUAAUCGACGCACUUUGUUCGUGCGAAAGAGUGGAUUUUACUUUGCGAAACAAACGGGGUUUCAACGUGCUUCAUCAUGCUGCCUUAAAGGGCAAUGCUCAUGCGACAGAGAGAUUGGUGGCACGAGCAAGACAUUUAGUAGACGUGAAGAAAGAGGAUGGCUUUGCAGCGUUACAUCUUGCAGCCUUAAAUGGUCAUAAAGACGUAGCAGCUAUACUUCUUUCUCCUAAUGGUGGUCACGCGAAAAUGGACCUACGAAACAAUCGUCGACAAACACCGUUGCACUUGGCUACUUCGCAGGGUCAUUGGGCCCUGGUAGAGCUACUUGUGCAUCACAAUGCAGACAUUGCUAGCACAGAUGCAGACGGUGACACUGUAUUACAUAUUGCUAUAGUGAAGAGUCCAAAUCAAACGAAUCUUGUUCCUACUCCUGAAAGUUGCCGAGAUUCGCCUCUUAUUUAUGCGAUAUGGCAAACCCUAGCGAGGCAAAACGUAAAGACAGAAUUAGCGUUGGCUUGUUUUCUGGUAAGCGUAGACAGGAGUUGUACUCUCCUUGAGCAUGUAAAAAAUUCGAAGAAUAAGACGCCCCUGGAUCUUCUCGAAGCUGAUCCGCGAAUUGCACCGUAUGCAGAUAUCCUUCGGUGUUAUCAAUACCAAAGUCAUAGUACUCAGUUAGAAAUAGAAAAUGCUCCUGCUUCGCAACCUCCGUUGUAUCAGAUAGAUACAACGUCACAGUCAGAAGCGAUGCGUGGAUCAAGAAAAGGAAUACCUGGUUCCGGUGAUGCUUCCGAAUGUCACAAUUGUUUAGGCUUACUAACAAACUCUGUAAAAGAUGGGAAUAGAUACAACCCUAGUAGUAGCGUUCCAAUAUAUAAUUGCGCACACUGUGGACAUGGAAAUACUAAACCAGACACAAUUCAAGACGGCCAACUAGCAACGGGUGAGAUUUCUUUAACCAAAUCAGACAGCAAAAUGAAAGAUAACGCAUUAGAUGAUAAGAAGAAAGAAAAUAAUGAAGACAAAGAUAGAGAGAAGGAUAAGGACUUGGAACGACUACGUUACCUAGAAACUAGAGUAGCUGAUUUGGAAGAGGCCAACAUGUGUAGCAUUUGUAUGGAACGUCGUCGUAACGUCGCCUUCUUGUGUGGACAUGGAGCUUGUGAACAUUGUGCAGCUCCAUUAAAAACUUGUCAUAUGUGUCGUAAAGUUAUUACGAAAAAAAUUAACUUGUACUAGACAAUCAAUGAUGGAAAUGUGCUUGUAUGCAUCAUAUGCACAAGCGCGUUUUUCUUUUUUUUUUCCUUUGUUUUUGUAAUACACGUGCAUUUCAAAGAUUAGAAGUAGUAAAGUCAUUGCCGAUCACACAAUAUAGAUAUUAUAAUGUAAAUUUAAACAACUAAAUUUAAACUGCCAAAAUAUAUAAAACAUUUUUAAUAGAAAACAUCCGAUGAAGAAGUCUUCGCAUUGCACUAAUGUCGUGCCAUACCAAAAAUUAAAUCCGUAAACAAAUCACAAGGGCGAUUGUUGUGUAUACGUAAAUAAUAUUGUUUUUCUUUUUUUUUUUUUAUUUCUUUUUUUUAUUGGCUUUUACGAUUUUGUAAAAUGUAUAUUGUUUUAAACCGCACGUUCCGCGUAAUAGAAACGCGUAUCAACCAUACGUUCUUUUCUGUCGUAAAUGACAUUUCGCCUGUUGUAUCCCGUCCAUUUUUUAUCAUUGUUUGAGAAUACAAACCUCUUGUAAGAAUCUAUUUUUCCUUAUACCGUGAAUAUUGAUACGUAACUUUAUUGAGCGCUUCAAAAUAUUAAUACGUGAACAGAAUCUGUGCUUUAAACGAAUAUUUUGGAAUUGUAUUUUGUUAAUUUUUUCUUUAUUGAACUGAUCGAUAAAGUUACGUGCCAAACACUGCAGACACAUGUAAAUGAGAAAACUUCAAAGUUUUCAUACAUACAUAAAUAUGUUUUCACGAUAUA